AUGUUCAAGUGUACACAAUGCGAUAAAUCAUAUCAGAGGAAAACACAUCUGCAUCGUCAUGAGGCUACUCAUAUGCAGCAGCCUGCUUCAAGCUGUCCGUUUUGCAAAAAAUCAUUUUUGAAACCAGAGGUCACUCGAAGACAUAGCAAGACAUGUGCAAAGAAGCAUGAUCAACCUCUUCCCCCUGCGGCAAAGCCCGGAAGGAAAAGACAGUCAUGCGACGAAUGUUUCUCAGCAAAAGCGGCAUGCGAUAGAAAGUCGCCCUGCUCCCGCUGCGAUGCUAUCGGUCGGCAAUGUACCUUUGGAGUCCCAUCUUCAGCACUCGCCGUCGGCGCCCGCUUACUAAAGCUGCCAGCGACAUUGUCUAUAGCAACCCCUCGGGGUGGUCCUGUUCACACCAAUCCUUUUUUCUUUCUUCGACACUUUGCCAACCCGGCCGUUAAAAAGGACAGACUUGCGAUAGGGGAAACUGCCAAGUUUUCCGUUCGCAGGAAUCUCGACUCGAUCUAUUCUCAUCUUGAAGAUGCGCUUGUCCCAUCUGAUCCACUAGCAGCAUUUCCCGAGGAUUUAAGGGAAUCAGACUUCCCAUUCCUUCUUUCGUCUGCUAUGGAAGACUCCCUCAUUUCUCAAUGCCCGUCCGACGCACUCUUUCCUUCCAAGCUUUCCACUCAACUAACGGAGUUGGUAACGGAGCUAGUCGAAACCUCGAAAUCCAUGACAUCUGCUGGCGCAGAAGAUCCGGAAAUACUUGAUAUGAUGAAACUCACAGCGUUGUUUGGAGUAUCUAAUAUUUCCAUUUUUAUCUCAGCCUUUUUCCAGUCGCUGCACUGGCACCUACCCAUUAUUCAUUUCCCGACCUUUGAUCCUGGAAGCAUAUCAAGUCCGCUUCUGCUCGCUAUAUUUUUGUCAGGCGCAACAUACACAACGCCCUUGGAUGGUGCUUCUUUAUCUCCUUGGAUAUUGGAUGUAGCAGAGGAGUAUAUUUUUCGACACAUUUUGAACCUGACGACGACUCCGUCGUCAAAUGAUCCUAUGAAUAUAUCGCCUACAGUCCAACUGGUGCAAGCAGCUCUUAUCAUGGAAAUGCUCCAAUUCGGGCGCGAUGACAUGCAGACGAGGCGUCGCAUUCGUAUCAUGCGGCACCCGUGCUUAGUUUCUACUAUCCGGUCACUGGGGAUUUUCCAACUCAAGCGGCGCACGGCACCUAAUGCUCAUGACGAUUGGACAUGGAGAGCUCUUGUCGCCGAGGAGGUGUGCAUACGAAUUGCGUGCUGGGUCUUUCUAGCAGAUGGCUUUCUUACAGUAUGUUUCAAAAACCACCCGGCAUUAUCAAUAUUUGAAAUGGAUUGUCAUUUGCCAUGGUGUGCCGAACUAUGGGAAGCCGAAGACGCCGCAGCAUUUGCCCAGAUUGCAUCUGAAAGAUCAACCGAAUAUCCCAUACCCCCUUUGAAAGAUGUAGUCACACAACUUUUGGAAACUCCCGAUUCCGAAACCCCAAUUCCAUGGAGCCAUUCGUUGUCCGCAGAAAAUCUUUUAAUUCUCAUAUAUGCCAUGAGCUCUCUGGCCUUUCAAACCAGGACAGGGCUUUUAAAAUUCCUUCCAAUUAACACAAUAAGUCGCGGAGCCAAGAAUUGGAAAAGGAUAUGGGACUCAGUGAUGGAUUCCCUGAACCAGAAGCAAUUUCUUCAUCUCGGCUACCCCAAACAUGCCGAGGAGUUGUGGUGGCUGCUCACGGCUACGUUGGAUAUCGCCAACCAGCCUGAGGCUGGCCUUGCAUAUCUUAACCCCACGGCUACCGAUGAGCUAGCCAAUCUCAACGAUUUCAUGCAGCACUUGAGCGGAGCCAGCAGAGUCCAACGAAAUUGA